GAACAUGCGCAGUCACACAUCACAUGUGCAUCUGCUGGUUGAACUGUCUCUUGUGUUUUGCGUAUGUGAACGCCGAUUACACCCCUACUCACCCCUGUCCUCUCUCACCCCUGUCCUCUCUCACCCCUGUCCUCUCUCACCCCUGUCCUCUCUCACCCCUGUCCUCUCUCACCCCUGUCCUCUCUCACCCCUGUCCUCUCUCACCCCUGUCCUCUCUCACCCCUGUCCUCUCUCACCCCUGUCCUCUCUCACCCCUGUCCUCUCUCACCCCUGUCCUCUCUCACCACUGUCCUCUCUCACCCCUGUCCUCUCUCACCCCUGUCCUCUCUCACCCCUGUCCUCUCUCACCCCUGUCCUCUCUCACCCCUGUCCUCUCUCACCCCUGUCCUCUCUCACCCCUGUCCUCUCUCACCCCUGUCCUCUCUCACCCCUGUCCUCUCUCACCCCUGUCCUCGUCUCACCCCUGUCCUCUCUCACCCCUGUCCUCUCUCACCCCUGUCCUCUCUCACCCUGUCCUCUCUCACCCCUGUCCUCUCUCACCCCUGUCCUCUCUCAUCACCCCUGUACCCCUGUCUCUCUCACCCCUGUCCUCUCUCACCCCUGUCCUCUCUCACCCCUGUCCUCUCUCACCACUGUCCUCUCUCACCCCUGUCCUCUCUCACCCCUGUCCUCUCUCACCCCUGUCCUCUCUCACCCUUUUGCUAUCUCGCCUCGGUCCUCUCUCACGCCCUGUCCUCUCUCACCCCUGUCCUCUCUCACCCCUGUCCUCUCUCACCCCUGUCCUCUCUCUCACCCCUGUCCUCUCUCACCCCUGUCCUCUCUCACCCCUGUCCUCUCUCACCCCUGUCCUCUCUCACCCCUGUCCUCUCUCACCCCUGUCCUCUCUCACCCCUGUCCUCUCUCACCCCUGUCCUCUCUCACCCCUGUCCUCUCUCACCCCUGUCCUCUCUCACCCCUGUCCUCUCUCACCCCUGUCCUCUCUCACCCCUGUCCUCUCUCACCCCUGUCCUCUCUCACCCCUGUCCUCUCUCACCCCUGUCCUCUCUCACCCCUGUCCUCUCUCACCCCUGUCCUCUCUCACCCCUGUCCUCUCUCACCCCUGUCCUCUCUCACCCCUGUCCUCUCUCAACCCUGUCCCCCUCCUGUCUCUCACCCCUGUUCUCUAUCUUUGUAUCUAG